CCCUCCCCGCUCUUCCUGCCCGAUUUCCUCUCGCCUUUUCCUGUCCCCCACCCAGUGCUGGGAGCUGGGGCACAGGCACAAGCUGAACUGGAGCAGAGGGGCCAGGAAUCAAGCCAGGCCCACGGAGCCAGGCCCCCCGGGAGCUGCCGGCACCCCAAGCAGGGACUCAGGGUUCCGAGUCCCCUUGGCCCCCAGCCCCACCACUCAGGAUUUCAAGACUGGGGGCCUUCCCCACCCAUCCUUAGGGCCAUGCUAUCUGGUGAGCGGAAGGAGGGCGGGAGCCCCCGCUUCGGGAAGCUUCAUCUCCCCGUGGGCCUGUGGAUCAAUUCUCCCAGGAAGCAGCUGGCCAAGUUGGGGCGGCGCUGGCCCAGCGCUGCCUCUGUCAAGUCUUCAUCUUCCGACACGGGGAGCCGCAGCAGCGAGCCGCUGCCCCCGCCGCCGCCGCACGUGGAGCUGCGGCGAGUGGGCGCGGUCAAGGCGGCCGGGGGAGCGUCGGGAAGCCGGGCCAAGCGCAUCUCGCAGCUUUUUCGGGGCUCAGGCACCGGCACCGCGGGGUCUGGCGGCGCGGGGGGCCCAGGGACCCCGGGAGGCGCGCAGCGCUGGGCCAGCGAGAAGAAACUGCCGGAGCUGGCGGCAGGCGUGGCCCCCGAGCCCCCCAUAGCCUCCCGAGCCACGGCACCCCCGGGGGUCCUCAAGAUCUUCGGGGCCGGCCUGGCGUCGGGUGCCAACUAUAAGAGCGUGUUGGCCACGGCGCGCUCCACAGCGCGUGAGCUGGUGGCCGAGGCGCUGGAACGCUACGGGCUAGCCGGCAGCCCCGGCGGCGGUCCGGGCGAGAGCAGCUGCGUGGACGCCUUCGCGCUGUGCGACGCGCUGGGCCGCCCCGCGGCGGGCGGCAUGGGCAGCGGCGAGUGGCGGGCGGAGCACCUGCGCGUGCUGGGCGACUUGGAGCGCCCACUGCUGGUGCAGGAGCUGUGGCGGGCGCGGCCCGGCUGGGCGCGGCGUUUCGAGUUGCGCGGCCGCGAGGAGGCGCGGCGCCUGGAGCAGGAAGCCUUUGGGGCGGCGGACAGCGACGGCACGGGCGCCCCCUCGUGGCGGCCACAGAAGAAUCGCUCCCGGGCGGCGUCUGGUGGGGCUGCCCUGGCCAGUCCUGGCCAGGGUUCAGGAUCCGGGGCCCCGUCCGGGUCUGGAGGCAAGGAGCGCUCGGAAAAUUUAUCCCUGAGGCGUAGCGUCUCGGAGCUCAGCUUGCAGGGCCGGAGACGGCGACAGCAGGAGCGCAGACAGCAGGCUCUUAGCAUGGCCCCCGGGGCAGCCGACACCCAAAUAGUCCCGGUGGACCCCAACGACUUUGACCAGUUGACCCAGUGCCUCAUCCAGGCGCCCAACAACCGCCCAUACUUCCUGCUGCUCCAGGGUUACCAGGAUGCCCAGGACUUCGUGGUGUACGUGAUGACCAGGGAGCAGCACGUGUUCGGACGCGGAGGGAACCCCUCGGCCCGGGGUGGGUCCCCGGCCCCGUAUGUGGACACCUUUCUCAGCGCCCCCGACAUCCUGCCCCGCCACUGCACCGUGCGGGCGGGGCCCGAGCCCCCGGCCCUGGUGCGCCCGUCCCGGGGCGCGCCGGUCACGCACAACGGGUGCCUCCUGCUGCGGGAGGCCGAGCUGCACCCCGGCGACCUCCUGGGGCUGGGCGAGCACUUCCUCUUCAUGUACAAGGACCCCCGCGCUGGGGGUUCUGGGCCCGCGCGGCCUCCCUGGCUGCCGGCUCGUCCUGGGGCCGCGCCCCCGGGGCCCGGCUGGGCCUUCUCCUGCCGCCUGUGCGGCCGCGGCCUGCAGGAGCGCGGGGAGGCGCUGGCCGCCUACCUGGACGGCCGCGAGCCGGUGCUGCGCUUCCGACCGCGGGAGGAGGAGGCGCUGCUGGGCGAGAUCGUGCGCGCAGCGGCCGCCGGAGCCGGGGACCUGCCGCCGCUGGGGCCCGCCACGCUGCUGGCACUGUGCGUGCAGCACUCGGCCCGGGAGCUGGAGCUGGGCCACCUGCCGCGCCUGCUGGGCCGCCUGGCCCGUCUCAUCAAAGAGGCCGUAUGGGAAAAGAUUAAGGAAAUCGGAGACCGUCAGCCAGAAAACCACCCCGAGGGGGUCCCGGAGGUGCCCUUGACCCCUGAGGCUGUGUCGGUGGAGCUUCGGCCGCUCAUGCUGUGGAUGGCCAACACCACGGAGCUGCUGAGCUUCGUGCAAGAGAAGGUGCUAGAGAUGGAAAAGGAGGCUGACCAGGAGGGCCUGUCCUCAGAUCCACAGCUCUGCAAUGACUUGGAAUUAUGCGAUGAGGCCAUGGCCCUCCUGGAUGAGGUCAUCAUGUGUACCUUCCAGCAGUCUGUCUACUACCUCACCAAGACUCUGUAUUCCACGCUGCCUGCUCUCCUGGAUAGUAACCCGUUCACCGCUGGGGCCGAGCUGCCCGGGCCUGGGGCCGAGCUGGGGGCCAUGCCCCCGGGGCUGAGACCCACCCUGGGCGUGUUCCAGGCCGCUCUGGAACUGACCAGUCAGUGUGAGCUGCACCCCGACCUCGUGUCUCAGACUUUCGGCUACCUGUUCUUCUUCUCCAACGCCUCCCUUCUCAACUCGCUGAUGGAGCGAGGUCAAGGCCGGCCUUUCUAUCAGUGGUCCCGAGCCGUCCAGAUCCGAACCAACCUGGACCUAGUGUUGGAUUGGCUCCAGGGGGCAGGGCUGGGCGACAUUGCCACCGAGUUCUUCCGGAAACUCUCCAUGGCUGUGAACCUGCUGUGUGUGCCUCGAACUUCCCUGCUCAAGGCUUCAUGGAGCAGUCUACGAACUGACCACCCAACACUGACCCCUGCUCAGCUCCACCAUAUCCUCAGCCACUACCAGCUGGGGCCUGGCCGUGGGCCACCCCCAGCCUGGGACCCUCCAACUGCGGAGCGAGACGCUGUGGACACAGGGGAUAUCUUCGAAAGCUUCUCCUCCCACCCACCCCUCAUCCUGCCCCUGGGCAGCUCGCGCCUGCGUCUAACGGGUCCGGUAACGGACGACGCUUUGCACCGAGAACUGCGCAGGCUCCGCCGCCUGCUCUGGGAUCUUGAGCAGCAGGAACUGCCGGCCAAUCACCGCCACGGACCUCCCGUGGCCACGCCUUCUUAAGAGCCUAUAGCAAGUGAACGCGCCAACCUUCAAGUCGUCGCUUGCUCCCCGGGGCUCGCGGGAGCGCUGAGCUUCUUGGGAGUUGUAGUUCUCUCCAGCGUGGACUGCUGGGAGUUUGAGUUUUUGGGUAGCAGAGCUGGGAUGGUGGGAUGCUGGGUUUGGGAUUUGAGUGGCGGGAGCAAUAAAGGUAUCUGGUAUUGGCAACGCCUUAUUU